AAGGGCAGAAUUUUUUAUUAAAGACAUUAUUAAAUCAUCGUAAAAUUAAUCAAUCGCCGAUUCACGCCAAACACUAAAAUCGAAACGUUUUCUAGUUUUUCGUCUGUAAAUCUCAGUUUCGAUUUUGUUUUUUGGCGAAGAAGAUGCAUUCGAGUCACCUUCUUCUCGAGGAGCCGAUUAGGAUGGCUUCAAUUCUGGAGCCAUCAAAAUCUAAUUUUUUUCCAGCAAUGACUAAGAUAGUAGGGACGCUCGGACCUAAAUCUCGAUCCGUUGAAGUUCUAUCUGGAUGCUUGACGACUGGAAUGUCAGUGGCUAGGUUUGAUUUUUCAUGGGGAGAUGCUGAGUAUCAUCAAGAAACACUGGAGAAUUUGAAAACUGCUGUUAAAAGCACUAAGAAAUUGUGUUCUGUUAUGUUGGAUACUGUGGGGCCGGAGUUGCAGGUAGUUAAUAAGAGUGAGACAUCAAUUACACUAGUGGCUGAUGGUGUUGUUGUAUUAACACCUCAUCAAGAUCAAGAAGCUACUUCAGAAGUAUUACCUAUUAACUUCAAUGGGCUAGCAAAGGCAGUGAAGCCAGGAGAUACCAUUUUUGUUGGCCACUACCUAUUUACUGGUAGUGAAACUACCUCUGUAUGGCUGGAGGUUUCUGAGGUGAAGGGCGAUGAUGUGGUUUGUGUGAUAAAGAAUUCUGCAACUUUGGCAGGGUCAUUGUUCACUAUGCAUGCCUCUCAAAUUCGCAUUGACCUGCCAACCCUUUCUGAUAAAGAUAAGGAGGUUAUAAGCACCUGGGGAGUUAAAAACAAAAUUGACUUCCUCUCUUUGUCUUAUACUCGACAUGCAGAGGAUGUGCGCCAGACGCGUGAGUACCUCUCUAAGCUUGGCGACCUCAGUCAGACUCAAAUCUUUGCAAAGAUUGAGAAUGUAGAGGGAUUAACUCAUUUUGAUGAGAUAUUACAAGAAGCUGAUGGAAUAAUCCUUUCACGUGGGAAUUUGGGCAUAGAUCUCCCUCCCGAGAAGGUUUUCUUAUUUCAGAAAGCGGCUUUGUACAAAUGUAACAUGGCUGGCAAGCCUGCAGUGGUUACUCGUGUUGUUGACAGUAUGACUGACAACUUAAGGCCAACCCGUGCAGAAGCAACUGACGUUGCUAAUGCUGUGUUGGAUGGAAGUGAUGCAAUUCUUCUUGGUGCCGAGACUCUUCGUGGACUGUACCCCGUUGAAACCAUUUCUAUCGUUGGUAAAAUUUGUGCUGAGGCAGAAAAAGUUUUCAACCAAGACAUGUAUUUCAAGAAAACUGUCAAGUAUGUUGGAGAGCCAAUGACCCACUUGGAAUCUAUUGCGUCUUCUGCGGUUCGAGCUGCUAUUAAGGUGAAAGCAUCUGUUAUUAUUUGUUUCACUUCAUCAGGAAGGGCAGCAAGAUUGAUUGCCAAGUAUAGGCCAACAAUGCCGGUCCUAUCUGUUGUUAUCCCCCGACUUAAGACAAAUCAACUAAAGUGGAGCUUUAGUGGAGCCUUCGAAGCAAGGCAAUCACUUAUAGUCAGAGGUCUCUUCCCGAUGCUUGCUGAUCCACGACAUCCUGCUGAAUCAACGAGUUCAACAAAUGAGUCGGUGUUGAAGGUUGCUCUUGAUCAUGGAAAGGCGGCUGGAGUUAUAAAGUCGCAUGACAGAGUAGUUGUUUGCCAGAAAGUUGGAGAUGCAUCUGUAGUUAAAAUUAUCGAGCUUGAAGAUUGAAAAGGUCAUCCCUCAUCUAUUUAUUAUAGAGAAAAUUUCCCUCACUUUUGACAGCUUGUGCUGUGGUUUAUGAGGCAUCUCUCAAAAGCUUUGUGAAGACUAAGCUGGUCUUUUGGACUGUAUUAAGAAUGUAAACUCCUAAUUAUUUGUCCUCGACAGCGAAUGCCAUGGAAAGUAUGAAUCAAAAGGAUUCCUUUUUGAGUUUGAACUUUUUUUAUUUUGUAUAAUGUGAAUUUGUUAUCCAGAAUGAACGCCAGGCAUCGAUCGGAGGAUCACAUGACAUGAUGACCUUUGUGCAUCAUGAAAUUUUCAUUUCAAUAAAUACAGAGAAGGUUGUUUUGUUUUA